UACCCCGGAAGCGUUCACUUCCGUAUUGGCCUCCGUCCUGCGGCGGAACGCUGCAACAUGUUCCUGUGCUUCGACUUGACAGCUACCCUAGACUGACGGCAUUUCAUGAAGUUUUUUCUGGACUUUGCCGUCCAAAUCGUCAGAUAUAGAGCGGCUCACUGUCCUCCCGAAGUUUGCCGAGCCGGAACUGAAAUGUGUAAACGGCUUGGGACGAAAGUGCUGCAUUUGGCCCUGGCAAACUGUGACGGGCCGUUUGUUUCACAGGAGGCUCGUAUCGAUGUUGCUGACAUCCUGAGCUGCACAUUGAAGGCCUUGCAGGAUGGCCAUGUGGUUGCUGUGCCCACCGACACCAUCUAUGGCCUGGCGUGUCUGGCCCAGAACUCGGGCGCCGUCCGCAAGCUCUACGACAUCAAGGGGCGCAAUGAGCAGAAGCCUCUGGCCAUUUGUGUUGGAGAAAUCCACGAUAUAUACAGGUACUGUAAGGUGGAGGUGAAAGAGGAGCUCCUCAGUGACCUUCUGCCUGGCCCGGUCACGCUGGUGCUCGAAAGGUCUGAAAUACUUAACAAAGAGCUCAACCCAUUCACGUCGCUCGUAGGCAUCCGUAUUCCAGACUGCGGCUUCAUGCGUCGUCUUUGUCAGAUGUGUGGCGAGCCUCUGGCGCUGACCAGCGCCAAUGUCAGCGCACAAAACAGCACUGUGGCCGUCCAUGAAUUUCACGAUCUUUGGCCCAAACUAGCCGUGGUGGUGGACGGAGGACCAAUAGAAGACCAAAGUCGCCUUGGGUCCACCGUGGUAGACCUAUCAGCGCAUGGCAGGUACCGCAUCAUCAGAGCCGGCUGGCUUCCCCAGUUACUCAGCUUGGACGGACGGCCUGAUCUAGGAUUUGUCCCAGUGGUUCCAAAGUUCUUCCAUUUCCAAGUAAUUGAGACCACAGUGCUUUUCGGGACCUUCAAUGCUGCUGAAAUUCUUUUGUAUUCUUCCCCAGAUUUGUGCCUUGACACAAUCCGGUCUCAGAGGUUUGCAGAGAAUUCCUUAAACUUCAUUGCUUGGUUUCUGGUGUGAUAUGUACUGCCAACUAUGAGACCAUAUAUAGACAGGCGUGUGCCAUUCCAAAUUAUGUUCAAUCAACUGAAUUUACCACAAGUGGGCUCCAUUCAAGUUGUAGAAGCAUCUCAAGGAUGAUCAGUGAAAAUCAGAUGAACCUUGGCUUAAGUUUGAGUGUCAUAGAAAAGGGUGUGAAUACUUAUGUACCUCUAUUGGGUUAAGGACCGGUGAUUGACUUGGCCAGUCUUAGACCUUCAUUUCAUUUAACACUUGAGACAAUGUGAGUCCCAGGACGCACGUCUGGAAACAAUGAGUCCCAGCCCUCGAACAUUGAGCCCCUGCAACUUAUCAUUAUGGAGUACCGAUAUAGUAAUCCUCCGCUAUAUGACGGUUGUUACUUUGCGGUUGUUGCUUACUAAUGUAGUUAACGUUAGUUGUUUAACUUAUAUUGCUCAUUUGUGUAAUUCAUGCGUGUUCUUUCGAUGAAAUGCUAUCAGUUAUUUAUUUUAUUUUUUUAGCAAAACUCUAAAUUUUUCUCAGACAUUCAUUUUUUAACAAAAAAAACUAAAUUUUAUGGGAAACGGUGUAUAUGGAUUAUUAAAAAAAGAUGUUUUUACUUAGAAAAAUAGUGUCAGUUUAGUGGGCGAUAGGCGGCACGGUGGACGACUGGUUAGAGUGUCUGCCACACAGUUCUGAGGAGCGGUGUUCAAUCCCCGGUCCCGCCUGUGUGGAGUUUGCAUGUUCUCCCCGUGCCUGCGUGGGUUUUCUCCGGGCACUCCGGUUUCCUCCCACAUCCCAAAAACAUGCAUUAAUUGGGGACUCGAAAUUGCCCGUAGGUGUGAAUGUGAGUGCGGAUGGUUGUUUGUUUGUAUGUGCCCUGCAAUUGGCUGGCAACCAGUUCAGGGUGUACCCCGCCUCCUGCCCGAUGAUAGCUGGGAUAGGCUCCAGCACGCCUGCGACCUUAGUGAGGAGAAGCGGCUCAGAAAAUGGAUGGAUGGAUAGUGGGCGAUAAUAAGAAACUGAACAAUUGUAGUUCACAAAUGUGUUUUGAAAAAAUUAUAAUAUCAAAAUUAAUUAACAUGUAAAAUGCAUGUUGUGCAUAAUCAAUUAGAAUACAUUUAAAUUUUAAGGUUUAGCAGUUAAAAUGGGGUAUUGCAAUUGUUAGUUUUACAAUUUCGUUAAAUAAAGGAUAAAUCAAAUGUACAAUAAGGCCCCCCCUCGAGCUGCGGGACUGUUAUGUGAGACCUUUACCUGUCAAUCAAAUCACGUUUUAACGAUGUCACCACAGUCCUGUGAGCUUUUUAGUUCCAGCCCUUAGCUCGCCAGCUGGCGAAUGUAAUAUAAUAAACAGUUAACUUUCCCUUAAGUGUCCCAGUUGUGUGCAUUUACGGAGCAAACGCCGUUCCUCCACCGGCUUGCUACAUCACGAGCAGCGUGACUGGUGUUACCUCAACAAUGAGAAUUUAUCGAGUCCGGGAAAAAAAUGUGUCCAUUGUAUUGAACGAUAAUUCACCCUACUCUGAUUAGCUAGUAGCAAGACAGGAUUUGUACUUUUGAUUCGCUGUGUGUGGAAGCUCUUCAACAAACACACACAUACAUACAUACAUACAUACAGUGUACGUAGGGCGGGUCUUGAACCAUGCGUCUAUAGAUGCAGAAUGAAUAUGCUUCAUGCGUCCCUGCUAAUACGCACAUCAAUCGAGAUCCCUGCUACUGUACUCUACUACUGCACUUCUGAUAGGAAACAAGACCUUCACAGUACUUGUUUGCAAGCCUUAGAAAAAUAAAAUAAAAACAAGUCUUAAUUGGGU